UAUCAUCCUGCCCCCUGUAAUGUACUGGGAAACCCGCCGAUCUCGUUUUUUAUUUCUCAUUUUCGUUUUAUCACUGAUAAAAAUUAUCAGUCAGUCAGUCGGUUGUGCAAUAAUAUAUAUUUGUGAUAAAAAAGUUUGACAAUAUGGAUAAGCCAGAGCAGGGUGACAGUGAUCAGGAAAAUACAAUUCCGAUGAAACGUGUCAGAAUUUUAGUUGAUGUGCCCGUGUCAAAAGCUAAAUUUAAUUUAAUGACCUGCAAUUCUCAAGGAGAACAUGUUGAACUAAAUGUUUUGCAAAUUGUAGAAGAACCGUCACCUUCAACCUCAUCCAAAAUAGUGCAAGUGGACUCGAAUCACUCGAUCCUCAAAGCAGUGUUGCAAGGGAUGGUAGAAAAUAGUGGAUAUGAGGGGAGCAUAAAAAGUUUCUGGGGUUCGGAUGAGCAGAAGAACUUGGCGAACGGUUGGGCUGCUCACGUCAAGAAAUCCAAAAAUGAUACGGAUAAGUUCACUCCCCUCGAAGUAUUUUAUAACAAGGAAAAGGUUGCGAUGCAAUUGGUGGAUGGGUUGCUACAAGUGGUGAAAAUGCAAAAAGUUGGGACUGACUGGAAAUUCAGUGGGUGGGCGCAUCGGUCACAAAAAUGUAGCAUGACUUCUUGUAUUGUUGGUUGUCUGGUUGGGAAAUAUUGCCAAACUCACGCCCCGAAAGAGGUUCUUUUACUUCAAGAUAUGCGAGCUACCCCUCUUGUACUGGCUUUAUUAAACCCCACACCUACAAGAAAUCCCUAUACUGAAAGUGAGAUCAGAAAGAAGCUGGCUGGAUGCGGGAUUAAGAAGACGUGGGGCAACAAAGAAGUUGAAGGGGGUGGUGAAAUACGCCAUGAUAGUAUCCAGCUCUACAAUUACGUUGUACAGAAGCGAAUCAGCAAAGAGGAAACAUUUUUCAGGAUACUAGGACGCUGGCCGUAUCAGGACGAGAACAACAAAGUGCGUGAUUCUGCAUUUUUGGCUGUAUCACUGCUGGUGAUGAUCAAAGGAGGUGUAACUCUGCUAAACUCUCGAAUACUAUUCCGUGGUGCUGACCUGAACUGGGUGAAGUCGUUUUUGAAUCAGAAUGGGGUGCUGUUCGAGAAAGGAGGUCAAGUUGACGAAUCUGCCAGCUCCACUCCUCCAGGCGUUUCAAAAAAAGUCAACCGUUCUCUGCCUUAUGUAUACCUUGGACGUAAUGAUAGGGGUCAAUUUUACGUAGGAGUUCAAAUUCAAAUCAACUUAAAAGGAUCUGGGAAUAAAUCAAUAUACCAUGAUCAAGCAAAGGCGGAAACAGGGAUGGAUUCAUUUACAGAGGACGAAGACAUGGCUAUUUUUCAAAGUCCUAUCCCCGAGUUACUGGAAGACGUCAAGGAUGGCACCAAAAGGAGCCAAUUCAGCCCAGAAGAAGAAGAAGAAUUUUGCAAAAUGGAGGUCGCUGCAAAUAAAUAUGAAACUCUUGCCCACUCUGCAUUAAAGAUUGGAGAAAUGGUCACUCAGACCUACAAAGAGGUUCCAGUGAAGGGAAUUCCAAAACAGAUGAAUCAUUAUGAAGGUGCUAUUAAUAUUGGUGAUCUCAAAUCUUUGUAUGCUUUCUUUUUUGAAUCUAAUCUGGUCAUGAGUGAUGUUAGUCAGUUAGAGAAAGGUGUUGAUGGAAAAGUUGUUAUUAAUUUCGUUUAGUUGUUUUCACGUUUGUCGUGUUCUUGUAUUUUUUAAAUGAAUUGAAUAAACAAGGAAAGUUUUGAUAACCAUA